AUCUCCAUCACCUUAUCUCUCUCCCAUUUUCUCCCCCAGUAUCAACAUCUGCAUCACAUAUAAUUACCUGAAUUUCCUCUUGUUCUAGCUCUUUCAUCCUUUGUUGUUUCUUUUUCUUUGCCCAUUUCAAUCAAUGAUGAGUUGCUGUGAUUGUAGAGUAGUGAAAAUGACAAACUCAUUCUUUUGCUUGGUUUUAAUCGUGGAUGUAAUUGCAAUGGCAUCCCUCUCAUCAGCAUCCCUCCUAGUCGGUUUCUACCGAUCCACAUGCCCCUCCGCAGAGGCCAUUGUGAGGAAAUCUGUGAACAAAGCUGUGUCAAGAAAUCCUGGACUCGCCGCCGGCCUCAUCCGAAUGCAUUUCCAUGAUUGCUUUGUCAGGGGCUGUGAUGCAUCUGUCCUACUUGACUCAACACCUGGGAGUCCAUCAGAGAAAGAGCAUCCUGCUAAUGAUCCGAGCUUGCGAGGCUUCGAAGUGAUCGACGAAGCAAAAUCCGAACUUGAAGCUCAAUGCCCACAAACAGUCUCAUGCGCAGACAUUUUAGCCUUCGCUGCUCGCGAUAGCUCCCUAAAAGUUGGAGGAAUCAACUAUGCAGUGCCUGCAGGACGCCGGGACGGGAGGCUAUCCCUCAAGGAUGAGCCUACUCAACAUCUCCCCCCUCCUUCCUUCGACGCCAAACAACUGGAAGAAAAUUUUGCACGAAAAGGACUAAGUCUCGACGAAAUGGUGACACUCUCCGGGGCGCAUUCCAUUGGAGUUUCCCACUGUUCUUCCUUCUCGAACCGCCUCUACUCCUUCAACGCCACCCAUCCACAAGACCCUUCAAUGGAUACCAAAUUUGCUGCAGACUUAAGAGCCAAGUGCCCUCCAAAUUCUGGACCUGGCAGUGAUGAUCCGAUCGUGAAUCUCGAUGUUCUUACACCGAACAGGCUGGAUAAUAAGUACUACGUGGAUUUGGUUAACCGCCGGGGACUAUUAACAUCUGACCAGACACUUAUGAGCAGCCCUUCAACUGCAGGGAUGGUGAGGAACAAUGCAAGGCAAGGUGGGGCUUGGGCUAGAAAGUUUGCUGCAGCAAUGGUGCACAUGGGUUCCAUAGAGAUUCUCACAGGAACUCAGGGUGAGAUCAGGAGGAACUGCAGGGUUGUGAACUAGUGCUAGCUCAUUUCUAUUACACAGUGAAUUUCAGUAUUUUUGUUGCAUUAAUUGUUUCAUUUUUGAUUUAUGAUUCGAGUGUAAAAGUCAUCUCAAUUGUAAGUUCUCAAGUUGAUUAAUUUCAUCAGUUCAGUUAAAAAUA